GAAAAUUAAUAUAUUUUAAGUUGUCUAGUUUGAAUCUAAUUUGUCGGGUAUCCGCUGAAUUCAAAUUGCAAGUUGAUAAAGAUGGUAUAACUAUCGUUCAAUCUAUCGUUCAACCAUUUUCAUCGAUGCGAUAUGAUAUAUUUCAUCACUAACCGCGAGAAUCAGCAGCAGCGGCGGCCAGCAGUGCUGUGUGUGUGUGUGCGUGUGUGCGCGACGAAAAAGUAUAAAUCGUAACGAGCAGAAGAAAAAAACGUGUGAAAAUUUAAAGAAAGAACGACGCUGUUAUCCUUCGUCUAUCUGUCGUCGUCGUCUUCGUCGUCGUCGUCAUUUUCGUCAUCGUUCUCGUCGUGGUUAGCGCAACACAGCAACAAAUUGAAACAAUAGCAACACGCAGUUCCAUUGCUUUAACGGUACCUAUAACGGAUCAACAGCAGAAACGAGAACCAACAAGAAGAGAGGAGCAGAACAGAAAUCAAGAGGCUUACAAAAUGCAGACGCAUAAAAAGUAAAAGGAGCAGCAAAACAAGCAAAACAGAACGAAUUCUGCUUGUGUGUGUGCGAGCGCGAGUGCCUGUGUGCCUGUGUUUGUUAGUAAAGCAGCAAGCAAACACAGACUCACACUUAUUCUCCCAUUUUUUCGCUGACGCCUACCUGCCAGUCUGUUUGCGUAUAUACGACUGCUUCCUCCUCCUGACUUACGCGUGUGUGUGUGUUAGUGCAGUAGUAGAGAUUCAAAUAUCGACUCUCACACUUACACUCAUUUGUGUGCAAUUGGCAUGGCUGCAAGGAGUAAGAGCGAACAUCAAUAGCAAACACAAUUAGGAUAUGCAGCUAUAAGAGAAGAUUGAUAGUUAAGUAAGCUUAAAGGACUUGAAACCAAAAAUACCAACAACAGCAACAAACAACUUAAGCAACAAAUUCACAAAUACGUUGAACAAAUUCCAAGCUAAAAGAAACAGACAGAGACGGAGAGAGAGCGAAAGAGCGACACAAACUCUGCCCACCCACUCAAAAUUCACCAAGGAAAGGGAUAAUACUUAAACGAACGGUAAAUUAACAAGUUGCUGGCAACAUGAGCACUCUGCUGGAGGAGAUUGGCCAAUCCCUGGCCCCGGCGUCAAUUGAGGAGCAGCAGCAGCAACAGCAGCGGGCUGCGAUGAGUACGACACUUUGUGAGGAUUCGAAUUCAUCAUCGGUGCUGGAAGACAUUGAUGUGAGUAAUACGAGCAGCAGCAGCAGCACCACCAGCAGCAGCAGCAGUAGCAGUGCCAGCAGCAACAGCAGUAGUUGCAGCAACGGCACUGGCACCGACACGGACACCGGCAAGGGCAGCAGCACAGUAGGCAGCAUUGAUACGACACGCGUUAGCUCGUCUAGCAUUGGAUCGGCUGCAUCGAUUACAUCAUCGGUAUCAACGACCGCACCAUCAACGAGCAAUUCUUCGGGACUCGGUUUGGUGGUCGAUGUGGAUAGCAAUAUUGGCAGCAGCCAGGAGCUGAACCAUGGCUAUGACUCCAAGAGCGUCACGGAGACCGAUUCCCUGGAGGGUACGUGCAAUUCCAUUCUCAAAGAUGCUAAGAACUGCAUGCUUUGCAGCUCGCGUUUGGUUAUGCCGCGCAUUUUAUCCUGUCUACACGUAUUUUGCGAGGAUUGUUUGUUGAAUUUGCUACGCAGCAAGGAGGCAGCAUCGGCCAGCUCACCGGCCACAUCACUAUCGUCGGCAGCCAGCUGCUCGUCGGCAUCGUUUGAUGGCAGUGAGAACCAGCAGCGAUUGCACACGGUGCUCGAGUGCCCUGAUUGCAAGCAGCUGACACGGCUGGGUAAUAAGGGCGUCAAGGGUCUGACCGUGGAUUAUAUUGUGACAAAUAUAUUGGAUCUGUUUAAUAUGGAAACGGAGCAUAUACCAUGCACGUCUUGCAAGAGCAAAGAGGAGGCCAUAUCCCGUUGCAAUGAUUGCGCCAACUUCUUGUGCAACGGCUGCGACAAUGCACACAAGUAUAUGCGCUGCUUCGAGAACCAUCAGGUGGUGCGCAUCGAGGAUCUGCAAAAGAAUGUGCAGAACGACAAGCUUAUCAUACACAAGCCCAUCUGCUGUCGCCAGCACGUAAACGAGAAUCUCAAGUACUAUUGCUUUACAUGCCAGGUGCCCACCUGCAAUGAUUGCCUGCUGGGCGACCACAAGGGCAACGAUCAUCACUACGAGACUGCUUUGGUUGCCGAGCAAACGGUUCGUGCUGAUCUCGAGCAAACUAUUGCGGAGACUCUGAAGAAAGCACAAUAUUGCAACGAUGCUGGCGGCAAUCUGAGCAGCGCUUUAACCGAACUCCAAUCGCAGCACGACAAUGUGCGACAGCAGAUCGAGGAUGCAUACAAAAGCUAUAAGCGCAUUCUCGAGGUAAUUCGCGAUCAAUUGCUUACCGAAUUGGGCCGUCUCCACUCGGAACGUGAACUCAAGAUUAUGGAUCUUAUGCAGAGUCUAGAGAAUAACAUGGGCCGAUUGCAGCAGGCCUCACAAUUCGGUCAACGUGCCAUCGAGAAGGCAAAUGCCAUAGAGUUUCUAUUGCUUAAGCCAGUCAUUAGCGCCCAGUGCGCUAAUCUCAUUGAUCAGACGCCCCAGAGCGAUGUCAACUAUCAGCUACAGUUCGAGUGCAUGCCUGAGAAGUUCGAGCGUUUUGCGCGCGAAAUGUUUGGUAAAUUUCGCACCGAAUCAACGAAAGGUAUGAACGUAGCUGGAGCUGGAAUGUCCGAAGCAACGGGUUCUCCGAUGACCACGCCUAAGCAGCAUUCGCCGCCGCCAGCAAACUUGGCGCCUGGUUGCCAUGGUGUUGGCUUGCUGCCCGCUGGUGUGCGCAGCUUGACUGGUGUUGGCAGCAGCUCCGUCAACAACAGCUCGGUGCAAGGACGCUUGAGUUCGGCGGCUGUAUUUAGUCCCAUAUCGUUGCCAUCAUCGCUGCAAAGCUCGUUCGAUGGCGACACCUCAGUUAUGACAAACUUUUCCAUGAUGAGCACGCUGCCACCAGAUUCGCCGCCACAGCUGCAGCCGCAAUUGCAGCAACAGCAGCAGCAGCAGGCGUUGCAACAGGUGCAACAGCAAAAGCAACAGCAACAGCAGCAACAAGCAUUGCAUCAGCAGCCUCAAGCGCUGCCCGUCAAUCAACAAAUAUCACAGAUGGUAACGACUCAGGGCAUUGUCCAAGUGCAGCAAUCUACUGGGCAUGUUAAUAUCAAUGCUGGAGCAAAUAACAGCGCUGUUGGCAUGGGUCUGGGCGCCCUUAAUGGUCUUGGAAUGAAUGCUGGCGGACCGACACCUCCGUUCAGCAUGCUCGAAUACAAUCUGUCACGUUUGGCCAGUCUUACCGAGAAUAUUCCGGAUGCCAUGAACGAUACUUUGGGCGUUGGCAGUUCUAAUGCUGUGGCUGUUUCCGCUACCUCCGGCGCUGCUGGCGGCACUGCAUCCCAUCAUCAGCAGGCAGUCAUACCCGCCUCAGGCGUGACACCCACUCAGCCCAUAACACUGGCCGACAUUCUGUCCGGCGAUCAGCGAGCCCUCAACAAUCUGCAAGCUCUGGCUAAGCUGGGACUCAACAACAAUGAUGAGCAACACGAUUUGUUGUCGUCGAACGGAAGCUCAACGUGCCUUGAUUAUAUUUUAACAGAUUUCUGCAUGCCAGCAGCCACAUCACCCAAUCUUCAAACUUUGAAUCCAAUUGUUGGCGGUGUCGAAGAGAUGAGCCUCAACAAUUUCCAUGCCGUUGCCCAGCCCGGCACCACCAGCGUUGUAACCGGCCGCAACAAGGCCACGCCCAUGCAGAUACGCUGCAAAUUUGGAUCGCUGGGCACGGCCAAGGGACAGUUCAAUUCGCCGCACGGCUUUUGUCUGGGCGUCGAUGAAGAGAUCAUAGUCGCCGAUACCAACAAUCAUCGUAUCGAGGUCUUUGACAAAAUGGGCGCACUCAAAUUUCAAUUUGGCGUCGCCGGCAAAGAGGAAGGCCAACUCUGGUAUCCACGCAAAGUGGCCGUCAUGCACAACAAUGGCAAAUUCGUGGUCUGCGAUCGCGGCAACGAACGCUCCCGCAUGCAGAUCUUCUCGAAAUGCGGACAUUUUAUGCGCAAAAUUGCAAUCAGAUAUAUUGAUAUUGUUGCGGGUCUGGCUGUAACCGCCAAGGGUCACAUUGUGGCCGUUGACAGCGUCUCGCCCACCGUUUUCGUAAUCUCCGAGGAGGGCGAAUUGGUGCGUUGGUUCGAUUGCAGUGACUAUAUGCGGGAACCCUCCGAUAUUGCCAUACGUGACAAUGAUUUUUAUGUGUGCGAUUUUAAAGGUCAUUGCGUGGCCGUUUUUCAAGAGGACGGCACUUUCCUUUAUCGCAUUGGCAAUGAAAAGGUCACCUGCUUUCCCAAUGGUAUUGACAUAUCGAACGCCGGCGAUGUACUCAUCGGUGAUUCACACGGAAACCGCUUCCAUGUGGCCUGCUACUCACGGGAAGGCGCCCUACAAUCCGAAUUCGAGUGCCCACAUGUCAAGGUUUCACGUUGUUGCGGCCUGAAAAUCACCUCCGAGGGCUAUGUCGUAACAUUGGCUAAGAACAAUCAUCAUGUUCUCGUCUUGAAUACCCUCUAUGUUCACUGAUUGCAAAUCAAAGCGCGCAACAAUCGUCCAGCUGUCGAUAUGAACAAAUACAACUAUAAAUACUCGUCGGGCAAAAUUUACGGAUGUCGUAGGCAGCAACAUCACUAUCAACAUGAACAGAAAAAACAACAAAAGCAGCAGCACCAAUCAACAAGCAACAACAAUAACACAUUCAGCAGUACCAGCAAAAACCACCACAACAACAGCAACAACAUCAAGAACAAUUAUAACAAAAACGACAUGGAGCAGCAUAGCAACAACUCGAUUCGAGCUAAGCCGCCGCCUUCCAUAUAAAUAAGCUUGAAAUAAGGGCCAAACCCAGUACCGUUAAGUAAACAACCAUGCAACACAAUAUGAGGGCAAAACGGGCGAAACUCUCGAAUCUCGAAAACACGUUUUAAGCGAAAGUGUUGUCAACGUACAACAGCAACAAGCAACAACAAAAUGCAACAAUACUAUUUUUGAUCUCUAAUUUAAUAGCAACAACAAAAAAAAAA